UAGGACAUUGUAUCAUUGAACAGGAAAACAUGUUUCUACACAAACCACUGAUUAUUUUGGUUUUAUUAGUUAAAGAAACAGUUGCGUUUGACUGUUACACAUGUGAAAAUGUUGUAGAUCCUGAUGAUUGCCAUAACAUAACUGGACGUAAAAGUGAUCAGUCCUGCUAUGCUAAAGUUGACAUCAAGGAGCGAACAAGAACGUUUACAUUAGGAAUCACAAAUAAUGAGAAUUGUGGCCCUAUUCCAAUUUACAAUGUAACAAAAGUGAAAAGAGAUGUGGAGGAGCAAUGUUUCGAGUGUUGUAGUAGAGACAAAUGUAACAGUCAGUUAUGUCAGCAUAGAAAACCCUCAACGUGUAUUGAUGACGUCACUGUUGACUGCGCUCAUAUGAAUGUGGCGUUUAACAUUUGUAGAAAAGUACACCAGUUAAAGAAAAUGUGUCCUAAGUUUUGUCGUCUGUGCUCAUUAGUUGACGGAAACUGGGCUGAUUGGUCUGAAUGGUCUGCGUGUGACGUCACAUGUGACGUUGGCAUACACAUCAGAAAGCGCACGUGCACUAACCCUGCUCCCGCGUAUCAAGGUCUGAUGUGUGUAGGAAAUGACACUGAAACAAAACGCUGCAAUAAUAUGCUCUGCCCUGUAAAUGGUGGUUGGUCUGACUGGUCGGAUUGGGGAGAAUGUUCUGUGAGAUGUGACACCGGUCUGAAGAAGAGAAACCGUUCAUGUUCCAAUCCGUAUCCGAAGAGAACCGGCGUUCAUUGCUUUGGUGACUCCACCGAUGUUGAAAUAUGCAAACAAAAACCAUGUAAAGCCAUUAAACCCUUAGUCGCCUUCAAAUCAGACACGAUAAUUGACUUUUCUGUAAAGGACAACAAGGUAUUUGUAUUCACAAAUAGCCCUAUCAACACAGGUGGUGGUUACAACAAUAAAACUGGCAUCUUUGUGGCACCAGCCCCUGGUCUGUACUUGUUUACAACUCAGAUAUGCUUGCCUUCACCUACUCAUAUUUAUAUUGCUAUCAUCGUCCAAGGACAGGUUGUCGCGCAAGGUGGAUUUGGAGAAAGAGAAUGGGGUAAAUGCUACACAUUGAACGCUCUGGCUAAAGUAGGUCUUGCAGAUCAAGUUUCGGUAAAUUGCAUUGGAUCGUGCGAUAGCAGUGAUUCGUUAUGGAAACAUAAUUUGGUAACAAGUAGUUUCUCGGGAGUACUUUACAUGACAAUUAUAAAUAGAAAACACAACCAGUUUAUUUAUUAGUUUCUCAAAAUUAAUGACCUUGAGGGAUUUAUAUUUCUGAAUGUUCUGAUCACUGUUCUCAUCAUUUUAGUGUUGUUUCUUGUAAUAUCACAUUGAAGAAUACUUAAGACUUGUAAAAAGCAAUUCAGAAGAAUUGCAUAUUUUGAAAUGUUCUUGUGUGUUUUUUACUGUUUUCGUGUGAACUAAAUACUGCAUUGCUUAACAAAAUCGGAUUGACGAGUAACAGCAUUAUACAUGUAUAGUUCUUUGCGUUUGUGUAAAUAAAAGCAUAAAAGGGGGACGAACUGGGCCAAACCCUUUUACAGUUGAUAUUUCGAAAACCUGUUGUUUCUGUGUAUGUUUGCAUGUAUACAAGGUUUGUCCGUAAAGUUCCCGGACGCCGGUCCUAACUUUUUUAUUUAAAAAGUUAUAUUUAAAAAUUCAUAUGUAUUAUAAUUACAUGUAAGACACAUUUUGUCUGUAAAUACAGUUUGCAUGCUAUUUGAUGGUCACGAGAUAUGGUGUCUAUAGCUACUUCUGUAUGUAAAAUACGGCCCAAGUCUAUAUCUGUUUCAAAACACUGUGGUUCAUAAAAAUGUAACGACGGAAAAGCAUCACGAAAUUUGCUGGGAACAAUGACGUUCAUCAACAAUCUGACGUCAUUUUUGGGAUGAUUUUAGAUUUAAAUGACGUUAUAACAACGUUUAAAUGGCAAAAUGCUCUUACUAACCAUGGAUUGAGAUAUCAUCGAAAAACAGCGAGUUAUCAUUUUUCAGUACUUCCACAGUAAUAAUGUAUCACCAGAGGAAAAAAUAGAGUAAUGCUUGAGAAAUCAUUCGGAGAAAGACAUUGUCGCGUACAGUCUUGUAUGAAUGGUAUAAAACAUACAAAGUGAGUCGCGCGUCUACUGCAGAUGAUCAGAGGUCGAGGAAGACCCAACGUUUCUUGUGACGAGAUUAAGGAAAUGCUUGAUGGCGACCGUCGUUUGUCUCUGCGAGAAAUUGCGACAUGACAUCAGUAAAACAACAAUUCACAAGAUAAUAACUGAAAAAAAUGUCAAUGACCAAAAGGUGCGCUAGAUGGGUACCGAAACUGUUAACGGAUGUGCAAAUGAAAAUUUGCUUUGCAGCAGAAGGACGAGACUUUCAGAACGAGUGAACAUCAACGUCGUUAAACCUCGCUUGCACGCGGCCAAUGGAAAGACGAUGUAUGGAGUUAUGGAACACUAUUUCUUUAAAAAUAAGAAGUUCUUCAAGUCUUGAAUUGUUUAAAUCACAUUUCAAACAUUUAUUAUUAUCUAAAUAUGAAUUAUAGAAAAUAUACCUAUACUUUACUA